GGAGGAGCGGCGGUGCGAGGGGUGGCUGCGGGUGUGGCGGCUGUAUGCGGCGGUGCACACGCGCAUGGCGGUGUGGGCUGAGCGGCACCAGCUGCCCGCCUGGGCCCCCCUGCGGCGCAACCCGGCACCACCACCACCACCACCACCACGGCCCGCAGCAGCUCCUCCCGCUCGCGCCCUGGUCCCGGCGGGCGCUGCGGCGCACCACCCCGCUCCGAGUGCCGCUGCUGCUGCCGGCAGCACCUCCCGGGUGCUGGCAGCUGGCUGCAGCGCGUCAGACGCCGCAAGACCAACCGCAGGAGCGAUCCUGGACCUCGCCGCGGGCUCCGCCUCGGGAGGCGCCGGGAGCGGCGCAGCGGCCUCCCAGGCUCCUAACAGCGCUGCGGAGGAGGCGCUUGCAGCGGCAGCAGCAACAAAGGCAGCGGAAAAGGCGGCAGCAGCAGCUUCGAUAGGCGCCGCAGCAGCGGUACGAGGCUGCUGCUGUCCGUUGCAGAAGGGAAGCGAGCAGCGGCUGCCUGCAGUAAACGCAGCAAGUAGCAGCAGCAGCUGCUGCAGCGGCGACGUCCCGGCUGUAGCAGCUGCGGCUCUAGCGAAUAUAGGAGCGGCGGCAGAUGUGCAUCCGCCACUCGCCCUUCUGUCGUGUUUCCUGACUCAGCGCGCCAGGCAUGCGGUGUCGCAGGUGCUGCCGUAUUUAAUGCAGGCGGGUGCGCUGUCCUCCCUUGCCGCAUCAGGGCUGCCUCCACGAACCCUAGGACAACAACAACACCAGCCACAACAACAGGAGGGGCUGCAUCCCCCGCCCCAGCCCCAGCCGCUGCAGACCCAGCAGCAGCUGCAGGCGGUGAACGGGACGCUGCGGGGGCUGUGCGAGCGGGAGCUGCGGGUGCUGCGGCGGGCGCUGCAGGCGGGGGAGGAGGAGGAGGGGGAGGGUGGUGGAGAGCAAGAGGGGAAGGGGCGGAGAAAGCAAGGUGGAGCAGCAGCUGCUGCAGCAAUCGGCGGUCUGGGCAUGGAGGCAGCGGGCGGUGGGAGGGAGGAGGAGGGUGCGGCGGCGGCUGCGUGUAGGAGCCCAGGUGAGGCCGCUGCGGCGGUGUCGGUGGUGAUGGGUGCAGUGGAGAGGCCGCCCUCCGUCGCCAGCAUGGCAGCCAGUCGGUCAUCGACAGCCGCCACAGACGAUACCGACCCCCGACCACCACCUCCACCACCGCUGCCGUACAGCACUGUCGUACCUGUUGUCGUACACGACGACAGCAGCAGCAGCACGUCAGCAGCUUCCACUUGCUCGGGGGAGAGCGCUGGGCAGCUUGGGCCUUCAAUACCUGCUGAGCAGAGGGGCCAGCAGCAGCAGCAGGUGGAUCGGCUGACACCUGUUGACGGCUGGCCUGUCGUGGCUGGCCCCCUGCCGAGCCACCUUCCGAGGCGGAAGCAACCGCAGCAGCAGCGGCAGCAAGAGGAGGAGGGAAGGCCGACAGAGCAGCGGCAUCGACGGGGACUUGGGGGAGAGGGCCAGGAAAGAGAGCAGCGGGAAGAUGUGCUCUUGUGGCGGCAUGUUGCAAGUACGGCAGUCGAGUACGGCACAUGUUUCUUCCUGGAUCGUGUACGGGAGCUGCUGGCUGCCGUGCGCUGCGAGUCGGUUGUGAUCAGGCCUUGUCUCCGCCCCGGUUGCCCCGGGGAACCCAUUCGCGGCGCCGCUGCUAUCGCUGCCGUACACCUCAGGGCGGGUACGGCGGCGGAUAAGUACGGACCCGCGGUCGCCGUCACAGCGCUACCCCCGGGCGCCACUCGUGUUCUCGCCGCCGAGACUGCUAUUGGUACGGCUGUAGCGGCCGCCGCCGCUGCUGCAGUGGCAGUAGCAGUCCGACCGGCGGCGGUUGGCGGCCACACGACCUCGUGGCUCGCCUCGUCUGACGCCGCAUUAGCAUUUGCGGCGGUAGAGGAGGAGGAGGAGGAGGAGGAGAGGGUGCGGGAGGAGCAGGUGUGGGUGGAGAACGCGGCGGCAUGGGUGCGGGAUGUUGAGGAGGGCAGCCGUUCGGUGGUAGAAAAGGAAAGGAAGUUACUCGAGCAGCAGCAGCAGCAGCGGGAACGGCAGCUGGGGGAUUCGUCGCCUUUGGCGCCGUCGGUGCUGCCGAUGCAGGGGGACGGGCGACAGUCGCGGCCGCAGCAGCUGCUACUGCUACAGUCGGCGUUGCUGCUGGCGGCGGGCCGAGUGCGGGCGCUAGCGGCGGCGCUGGUGACGUCCGACCAGAAGACAACGACGGCGGCAAUGGCGGUGCCGCCAGCGCCGCCGUCGCAUCAUCACCUGACGGCCUUAACGCAGAUUCCACUAGCCGCCGCGGCCGUCACUGGCGGCGGCGGUGGCCUACCGCUGACACCAGUUAAGGAAGCGCGUUUCCCGUCGUACAACAGCCACAGUCACAGUACGUGCGCAUCAGCCGCCACCACUGGUAUCGCAUUGCCGUAUUUGUCGUACGACACAUGCCUCAUGGCUGCCUUGUGGGGCUCUUCUGUCGUACGACUGGCGACCGUCGCCUGCGUCGCCGCCACCAACCGCCUCACCCACGUGUCCAACCUGCAUUGCCCCGGCGCGAGUGCGGACCUCAAGGCACUCUGUGUGGCUCACAGCGACGCAGUGACCCUUGGGUCGGCCACCGAGCGAUUGCUGCUGCUGUUGCAUGCGCUCUGGCGGCAGCUGUGGGCGGGCGGCCUGGGGCUUUGUGGCGAGGGCGCAGGCGCUCCUGCCGCAUCCCUGGCGAGUGUUGCUGGUGGGGAAGUGGCGGCAGCAGCGGUGGUGGAUGCUGGAGCUGCACCCGCACCCGCGCUCUCCAGCAGCAGCAGUGGCUGCAACAGCGGCGAUCGCAGCAGCUGUGGCGCGUACGGCGCCGCUGUCGUACCACCGGCGGCGGCGGUGACAACCGCAGCAGCGGACAUGGCUGCUUGGCCGAUGAUCGUUAUCGGGGCCGCCAGUGACGCCGGCCCCCAGGCGCUACAUGCAGCAGGCCAGGAGGCUGUGGCGGGCGGGCGGAAGGGCGAGACGGCGAAGCGGAAAGGGCGAAGGGGACCCGGGCUUUGGGGCUCGCGCCUACGGCGGGUGGCGCCCUCCUCUGGCCUCGGGCUGGCCGCCGCGGAGGAUGCGAAUGGAGGCGGCGGCAGCGGAGGAAGAGGAGGAGGCGGAAAAGGAGGAGGAGGAGGCAGCUGGGAGGGCAAGGCUGAUUGCGGCAGGGCCAACAUCGGCGGUGUGUGCUCGCGGUUAUGCUGGUCGGAGGAUCCGGUGGAGCCGCUGCCGCCGCCGCCAGCUGCUGCUGCUGCUGCUACCGCUGCUGCUGCUCCUCAUCCUCCUCCCCUGCGUGCGCAUCCAGGCAAGCCACCCGUCCGUCCCGCAAGCUCCCAACCUGCGUGCCUGGUAGGCAAGGAGGACCGCGGUGGCAUACAAGCCCAACAGAAGACAACAAGCUCCCCAGCUGCUCCCUCACCUCCCCCUCCGCCGCCGCCGCCGCCGCUACCUGCUUCCGCGCUCUUUUGCGCCGCUGAAGGCGCCGCGCUGCUGCGGCUGCUGGGCUGUCUAGCCGCGCAUCUGAGGGCAGUCGCGGAUCGAACCGCCGACCUGCUCGUCCAAGAGGUGGCCGACCGAGCUGCGAAGAUGUACGGCAGUGCUGCCAGCGUGGGGGGGUCCGGUGGUGGUGGGGCGGGGCGGAGUAGGAGUCAAGGAGGAGGGGGUGAGGUGGGUUCCUCCAGCGGUGCUGGUGCUGGUGCUGGUCCUGGUGCUGGCGGCUGCCCCAGUGCCGGGACGCAGGAGGUGGUGGAGCGGCUGCUGGUGCCGCUGCGAGGGGCGCUGUGGGGGCUGCACCCGGCUGCAGGGGCGAGGUUGUCUUGUGGUUGUGUGGCGGCGGUGGUGGGGGAGCUGGGGAGAAGGCGGGGGGUGGAGGUGGAGGCGGCUCCCGGGAUGGGUAGCAGCGGAGGAGCUGGAAGGCAGGCUGCCGGUGGUGGCGGUGGCGGCGGUAGUGGUGGUCCGGCGGGCAGUAGGUGGGGUGCUGCUUGGGGUCGCAGCGGCGGCAACAAGGUCGCUAGCAGCAGCAGCAGCAGGGGCGGAGGUGAGGGUGGGGGCGAGGGUGGCGGUGGGGUCCGUUCGCAGCUGGAUGCGGACCUGGCGCUACUGCUCGGGGAGCUGGAGAGGGCGGUGGAGGCGGCUGCGCGUGCUGGAUGGGCGGGUGGUGUAGGCGGAGGCGGAGAGGGGAGGUGGGUGAUGGCGGGGCAGGUGGAGGGGGCGGUGGAGGCGGCACUGCAGCAGCUGGCCGCGGGUAGGGCGGAGGUGGAGGCGAGGAUGGAGACGGUAUGGUGGGGGGUGAGAGGAGGCCGGUAGGACUGGCUGGCUGGUGUGGCAUGCAUGUGGGGAAGUGAAAGGGGUUGGGUGUGUUAUUAGGUCCGGCCAUGGGGCAGACAAAGUGGAAGAAGCGAGCAUUGGUGCAUUUCCGUAGGUAGCAUGCUGGUCUACAUGGAUGUGUGCUUUGUACAUUUUGCAUUACCGUACCUGUGACGUGGACGACGUGUUGAUAGGAACUUUUGUGUUAGCACUUCAGUUUGCUUGGCAGUCUUUUUGGGGCCCUACUUGUACGCUGGAUGCGUGGGGUGCUGAUCGCUGCUAAGGCGUGUGCGGGGUUGAAGGGCCAAAUGCACGUAACGUAUACGACUGAAUGUGUGAAGGGCGUAUAGCUAUGUGCAUAGCCGUAUCUGAUCUUAUAUCCUUAUAUCAAUUGUAUGUGAUCUUGAGCCUGCUGCACAAGCAAGGCCCGUAUGACAUUGACGCCUGGCAACACAUUGCCUUACACGGCUUUGGCUACCGGUAGUUCCUUGGUUCUUUGGCAACCGAUAGCGCCUGCGACCAGGCUCCGCUAAGAUGUUGUCAACCAUGUACAUCCACACGAGGAUGCGAGCAUGCAACACAUCCCCUGUAACAUCACAAACCGCUG